CUUGACCUGACUCAGGGAAAGAGCAGUUUGAGGAAGGUAGAGUUCUGGGUUCCUCCCCCGGGUGGUGCCAUUGAGAAGGUGCCUGUUAUGGAGGUGAUGUUAGGCCACUGCCUGAGGAAGACCAUGGCCAUGGGAGCUGUCCUGUGCUCCCCAUUUCAUCAUUUAAAGGAAGAUCCAAUCCCUCUGUGGAAUUUCUAAACAUCUUUUAUUGGUGGAGAUAUUUUCUACGCAAUGAAGUCAACAACUUAAUUUAAACCAGCACCUGUGUGGUUCUGAUUCAUCUGCUAUGGUUCAUGAAGUUUGAGGUCUGAGGAGUACAGGGUCCUUUGCAAUGACAAUAUGACUAACAGUAAAGGGAAAUUUAUUACCAGUAAAACAAGCGGUGGUCUGAGUAGUGGAAGAGGUUUCAUAGACUGGACUUUCAACUUAAAUACAAUUCAAUCUGAUAAGUUUUUAAACUUGCUGUUGAGUAUGGUUCCAGUAAUUUACCAGAAAAACCAGGAAGACAGGCACAAAAAAUCCAACGGCGUCUGGCAGGAUGGAUUGUCAACUGCAGCACAGACUUUCAGUAAUAGAUCUGAGCAGCACUUAGAGUACCACAGUUUCUCAGAGCAGUCUUUUCACGACAACAAUGGGCACGCAUCAUCAAGCUGUAGCCAAAAGUACGACGACUACGCCAACUAUAAUUACUGUGAUGGAAGGGAAACUUCGGAAACCACUGCCAUGUUACAAGAUGAAGACGUAUCUAGUGAUGGUGAUGAAGACAUCAUUGUGGAAACAAACCAGAAAUUGCCAAAGGAAUCCAGUGGCAUCAUGGCAUUGCAAAUACUUGUGCCAUUUUUGCUGGCUGGUUUUGGAACCGUCUCAGCUGGCAUGGUUUUGGAUAUAGUACAGCAUUGGGAGGUGUUCAAAAAAGUUACAGAAGUUUUCAUUUUAGUUCCUGCACUUCUUGGUCUCAAAGGAAACUUGGAAAUGACAUUGGCGUCCAGGUUAUCUACUGCAGUAAAUAUUGGAAAGAUGGACUCACCCAUUGAAAAGUGGAAUCUAAUAAUUGGCAACUUGGCUUUAAAACAGGUUCAGGCAACAGUAGUUGGUUUUCUAGCGGCUGUGGCAGCGAUCAUACUGGGCUGGAUUCCGGAGGGAAAAUACUACCUUGAUCAUUCCAUACUUCUGUGCUCCAGCAGCGUAGCAACCGCCUUCAUUGCAUCUCUUCUGCAGGGAAUAAUAAUGGUUGGGGUUAUCGUUGGUUCAAAGAAGACUGGUAUAAAUCCUGAUAAUGUUGCUACACCCAUUGCUGCUAGUUUUGGCGAUCUUAUAACUCUUGCCAUAUUGGCUUGGAUAAGUCAGGGUUUGUACUCUUGUCUCGAGACCUAUUACUACAUUUCUCCAUUAGUUGGUGUCUUUUUCUUGGCUCUAACUCCUAUCUGGAUUAUAAUAGCUGCCAAACAUCCAGCCACAAGGACAGUUCUCCACUCAGGCUGGGAGCCCGUCAUAACAGCUAUGGUUAUUAGUAGCAUUGGGGGCCUUAUUCUGGAUACAACUGUAUCUGACCCAAACUUGGUUGGGAUUGUUGUUUACACACCAGUUAUUAAUGGUAUUGGUGGUAACUUGGUAGCCAUUCAGGCUAGUAGGAUUUCUACCUACCUCCAUUUACAUAGCAUUCCGGGAGAACUGCCUGAUGAACCCAAAGGCUGUUAUUACCCAUUUAGAACUUUUUUUGGUCCAGGAGUAAAUAAUAAGUCUGCCCAAGUUCUACUGCUUUUAGUGAUUCCUGGACAUUUAAUUUUCCUCUACACUAUACACUUGAUGAAGAGUGGUCAUACUUCUUUAACUAUAAUCUUCGUAGUAGUAUACUUAUUUGCUGCUGUGUUACAGGUGUUCACUCUGCUGUGGAUCGCUGACUGGAUGGUCCAUCACUUCUGGAGGAAAGGAAAGGACCCAGAUAGUUUCUCCAUCCCCUAUCUGACGGCACUGGGUGACCUGCUCGGGACAGCUUUGUUAGCCUUAAGUUUUCAUUUUCUUUGGCUUAUUGGAGAUCGAGAUGGAGAUGUUGGAGACUAAUCAACCCUACAGCCCGCUCCCGAGUCACCAAGGAGGACAACACAAGACAACCACUUACGGCUCUUUUUCAAAACUCUCAAAUCAGUAGUUUGACUCUCACCAGGGUAAUCUUCAGUUGGCCCUGAUUUGAUUAAAUGGCCUUAACAUUUUUUUAAGGAAUUUGUGUUAAAACCAGGAUGAACAUUAUUUGUGCUGCUUUUUGUAGAAUAAAUGAUAAUUUGACAAAGACUUAAAUAUAAUCUUAAGCUCUGAAAUUAAUUUAAUAGGAAAGAAUAUAGGAUGUUUACAGUGAAUAAUUUUGAAACCACAAACUACAGAAAUGUACUGUAUUAUUCUUUAACUUGUAACGCAAGCUUGGAGGAAGCAGAGCUCUAGUUCAGCCUUUUCUGUCUCACACAUACAUCGUACUGCAAGGCGUACUGCAGAAUGAGAGGUGCCCAGCCAAGCUUUAAUAGUUUUAACUAUGCCCACCUCUGUGUUAGCUGAGGGUACAUUUACCAAUUGCUUAUUCCUAAACUGACCUAAAUAUGUUCUGCUGAGAGUAAGAUAAACUCACUUUUGCCUCCAUCUAAAAA